AUGCCGACCACCUCGUCGACGACGCUAGUAGCGCCCUAUUUACUAUUGUCAAUGGUUCAAAAUGUGUCGACUAGCACCGAGAGCGCCAGUGAAAAACUGGUGCAAAGUGUCGAAAAGCCGACGUUUCUGCACAUGGACGCGGCGACCGAAGUGCAAAUAUAUCAGAGGCAUUACAGUCGGCUCAUGUCCUCGAUCGACACGGACGCGUGCAUUCCGCAACACGACGGCAUCCUCUUCUGCCCGAAUCACACCGGCGGCGCCGUCUGGGUUCGCAACGUCUAUCCGCCGAUUCAGGUCAGUCUUUGAACUCUUUUCAACGUUUCUGCAUGGUCGUUCCAAGCGUGUGAACGUGUCAAUCCGGCUGUUUUUCGGUGCCAGUACUCAUGACCUAUUCAUCACGGUUCUCGGAACCGCACAGAAUCUGAUAAUGCCUCACAGCCGAUGUGUGUAUGGGUGUCGCGUGAAACCGGAAAUUGAAACAAAGUGUCCGUCGUCCGCUUUCUGUUUCGUCUAAAAUUUGAAUUUAAAAAAAAAAUAAAAUCAUCAUGAAACACGCGCCUAAAUGAAUCACAUCCGUUACGUAGCGCCCGUCGUAAUCGAAUCUCAUUCUGGGAUUCAAGUGCAUUUUCAUUUCGCAUUCUCCCAAAGCUCGAAAAGUGCACCAAAACGAUGUUUUCUAGACGCGAGGGGAAAUUGAGCCUCACCCAUUUUUCAUAUUUCUCUCACACACACAGCAUCGAGAGAUCAUGGGCUCACGAAGAAGAGGCGAUGACGUGGCUCCUCGUAAAACGUACAGAAUUAAAAUAAUAUUUUUGAAAUAGAAACCCUAUAGAGUUCGGCGAAUUUUCUCAAUUUUUGCCAAAACGCACGCAUUCUUUUUUUCUUCAGACGGCGUGAUGUUUGAGUUGAAUAUUUAGGUAUAAAAUGGGAUUCUUUCCCUUCCGCCCGUCCGCAAGCAGAUUUCCCCCGAUUUAUUGGGUAAUUAAAUCCAUCCGCUUUUUGCGAUUUCUCAGAUUACAUCUGUGUGUGUGUGUGUGUGUGUGUGCAAAAUGUUCGUGAGGAAACGAAAAUAAUUUAAUUCCGCUAGCGUUUUUUUUUUUUUUCAAAUUUCAUUUUCGUGCCUCUGCGGGGGUUAUUGAGGAGCGGAAAAGCGAAAAAAUGACGAAAAAGCGCGAGAAAUAAUUACGAUAAUUGUAGGCUCGUUUCCAAUUUUGUGACGGCGGCACCGAAACAUUUUCAAUUAAAUUUUUUUCCGUUUCGUCGCCACGAAGGAAGAGGCGUUGAAAUUGAUGAAAAGUUGCGGGGCUGUGCAAAAGGCCGGCCCAGGCCUGGUCUUGGACUUUUGUUGGGACCAAGACGAUCCGAUGGGUCUGCAACUUGGACCCAACAAGAAGCCUGCAAAAUUUGGGCAACAGACGCCAUUUUUUGCUGGAAAAACAUGAAACUCACCAUAUUAUUUGCCCAAAAACGGGGGCUCUUAAUGAAAAAGUGAAGCGGCGUUAAAUUUGAUUAAAAUCCCACACACACACACACAUACUUUUCUAUUUUCGAUUUCAUCCACCGAAAAGCAAGUGUUUUCCGUGUCAAUACGAACGGAUAUAAUCGGUAUGGACAAAAAAUUGGAGCAGGAAAUGGUUGAGGGAAAAACAAACGGCGUGUUGCGGCUUUUCGCAUGUCAAAAAGCAUCGUUUUUGCAGGAACUCCAACCGAAAGUACUCAUUGUCGUCGUGGUUUUUGUGCUAUGCUUCAUUGUGGGCGUAUGCGGAAACUCAUCGAUCAUCACCAUCAUUCGAGGAGUUGUCGAGGAUCGCCGAAAAAGGUAUUCAGGAGACGAAUCGUAUGCCGAAUGCCAAGCCCGUCUCAUUUUCCAGAAUGAAACGUCACGGCGACAACGCGAUUCUGUACAUCGGAGCGCUUUGUGUGUGCGAUUUUGUGAUGUCGCUCUCACUGCCGCCGGCGAUUCUCGACUCGGUCAUCGGGUUUUGGAUAUUCGGUACGUGACACAAAGUAUCGGGGUGCUCAAAAUUGUCACAUUUGCAACAACUUUUCGAAAUGAUUACCGCUUCUCGAGAUUUGGGUAACACGGUCUCCAGAGCUGACAAUAUGGGCGUGGCCUCGGCGGCCAAAUGGCGUUUUCAUGAAUUGAGCAGGUUUUCUCUGAUUUUUGUGGUCAACAGCGAUGAAAAAUAAUUGUUCGACAUGAAAACACACUAAUUCUCAGAAUUAAUGACGUUUUGGCGCAUUUUUCGCGAACUUUGCUUUUUCGCUUUCGCCGCACUUCUCAUUUUGCGCUUUCUUGACCGUUUUCCGACAGAAUUGGUUUUAAUAAUAACAAUAAACGUAAAUACAAGCAUUUUAAGCGCUCGAACCGCGAAAAUUACCGAAAAGCAACUGAAAUUCACGCAGUUUUAGGCAAAAACCUUCAAACGGAUAAAUUUGAUUUGCGACUUGACCAAAUUUAACGCUCUUACGCUUAAAAAAUUCGUAAUAGCCUAUACAAUCGGUCUAUCGAGAGACAAAUGAGAAAUUAUCGGUUUUUCGUGGCUAAUCUGGCAAAAAAACACAAAUUUUGCUGUUAAAAUUUGAAUUUCGCGCCAAUGUUGCGCUCUACUGGGCGGGGCGCACUUGCGCCCAUUGUCAGCUCUGGAGACCGUGGUGCGUAAAAGAAUGUGUUGCACACUUUUCGAGCACUCCUCAUGAGCCGUUUUCCAGGCACGACAAUGUGCAAAGUGCACCACGUGUUCGGUUCCGUCGGCCGCAUCGCCUCCACGUUCCUCAUCACGGCCAUGUCGUUCGACCGCUAUGUGGCCGUCUGCUACCCGCAUCAGCACCGCCUACGCAGCCGCACCUUCGUCAUCUCCACAAUCGUCUGUCUCUCCGGAAUCGCGUUCGUUCUCCUGCUGCCGAUGCUCACGUACGCGAAAGCCAAGGAGAUGGUGCUGCACGAGCUCAAGGCGCAUGAUAGCAUCAAUAUCACGAGGGUGCGGGUGUUCAAGUGUUCGGAUAUGAUGCCCGGACCCAUUUUCUAUUGGUUCACCUCCACGUGAGUUUGGUUUUGACGUUCGACAACCGAUCGAUUUGUGUUCCAGAACGUUCAUCCUCGGCUACGUGGUCCCGCUCAUCCUCAUCGUCUACUUCAACGUCAAACUGAUCAACAAACUCUACGCGCACAAGCGAGUCCUUCCCCGCUCGGCAAUCCCGGUCCGUCGCGUCGUCGUCUACACGGUCCUCAUCGCGGCGGUCUACUUUGUCUGCUGGACGCCCUACUGGUUCUCGGUCCUCUACGCGAUCAUCAUGUCGCUGCUCGGUCUGCCGGCCACCAACUCCGAAUGGGUCCUCUUCGCCAUCUACUGCGUCCACCUGCUUCCAUACUUUGGCUCCUCCAGCAAUUGGAUUCUGUACGGCUUGUUGAACACGCAGUUGCAGAUGAAGAACGAUAUUGGCGACGACGGUCAGAGCAUUAUGACCACCAACGGAGGUCCCGAAUGUCCUAGAAGGUACUGACUGUUCUCUAGCAACAUGUUGAAAAAAAAAGAUCAUCGCUCUUUACAGAUCCAACUCCAGGAGCAUUUGCGACGGAGCGCCCUCGUCUGCCCGUUCGGCGAUCAACGGAAGCGCCCAGCAGUGGCAGGUCUCGCCGUUGACGCGAGGAAACUCCGACACGAGUAUGGUGUUCUAUCAGGACACCGAACAAACUCAUCUUUAA